AUGUCCGACUCAGUUUCAGUGCUCAGUCGUCUUGCUCAAGAACGAAGAUGUGUCGCCAUCUACGUACCAAUCCAAGACCCAGGAGGUGACUGGAUAGUCAGUGUUACCCUCCAACUGAUAACACCCGUGGUCCACAAUAAUCUAUUAGAAGCUCACAAUGCUGGGACCCAUCUGCUCGGCGUUGUCGCGCAGUACAGCGGCAUCGGUCGAGCUAAACGAAUCAAGCAGGCCAAACAGCGCGCUGCUCACGACAUACUCUCCAAACUCCCACUACAGGCGAGUCCCCCGGACAAUAUCGCCGAUAUAUUGCAGUUCAUCAUGGAUCGUCAUAAUGGCAAGGUCGUGUUCAAUGCUCUCAGCAAAGGACAGACCCUACCACAGUACUGGAAGUUCGAAAUCCUGGUGAACGGCAACACGCACCCCCUAGCGGUAUCUGAUUGGGGCCUCCGACGCGAUGCUAUCAAACAAAUUCUCCGCAUGGCGUGCAUCCACCUCGGCUAUUUGAACGCUCCCCCUGUCGUACUCAUGCACAUCGUCUUGGACGAUAGUGACGAAGAGGAAGUCAGAGAGCUUCCCAACAUUUAUCGCGCUCCAGAGUUCUCCCAACGACCUAUCAUCACUCGGGCUUCGAGUCCCGCCGAAGUCGGACCUAGUGCGAGUGCCGCGAUAUCAGUCGGCCGUCUUCAAGAUACAAUCCAGAAGUGGGGAAGUGCCCCUUCGGUGGAAAUACAACCUUUUUUACCCUGCGCUGUGUCUGAUUGGCUCCCUCCUGGUCUCGCAAAGCACCAGACUCUGACGAAAGCCUUUGAGGUAUUAGGUAUCAGGCCUCCACACGACGAUGCUGAUUUGCGUGAACGAAUAAACGCAGACAACGAUAGCUCCAGGCCCUCACAGACGAACAAUGACCGUGUAUCGGCGAAGGGAAAGGAUAUGUUCCUCUCAUUCUUUCUCCCUCCCUCUAUACUCCGUACCAAUUCGCUCACGUUUAUCGCUUCCCACUCCACACCAAAUCGCUCAAGUCUAUCGCUUCUCGCUAUGCCAGGUCCCUUACUAUCCACCAAUAGCUUGCUCCUUUCUGUGUCGGCAUACGCCCCCGAUGGCUCCCAUCCCAUUUUCGCCACUGUACGAUCGGACUGGGAAGUCAAUGUCGACUAUCUGAUACGCUGUCUAGUUAGGCAUAAUUGCCUUACUAUCGUUCCGAAAGCGCAGACCCUCCCUCGAACGCACUGCUCCGCCCGGCCAUCCUAUUCGAUCACAUUUGCUUCGGUCCAACGCCAACCCCAGUACCGUCCGCGUCUAGGCCUGGAUGAGAAUAGUGAGGUUUGGACGGAGGAUGGGUUUGGGCUCUUACGAAAAGUUCUAGUGGGGGAAUGCGAGGGUCGAAUCCACGGUCACUUCAUUUUUCCUUGCUGGGGAUGCCGUGGGGUCUGUGACAAUGCGUAUAGCCAUCAAAGCUGCCUAUACGGCAUUAUGAAGGUUGAGCAACAGUUCCUCCAUCCUUCCUUCAAUCACGCCGCUGUCCCUGAACUUUCUCACUUCACGUACAACAUCAACGAGAUUUGGCGCAAUAUUCCAUUCGACAACCAUCUUCGCCUCGCUCUCGUCUACCCACCUGGAUAUACACCCGACAUCACUACAUGGUACGAUCACUUUCUCCCCAUUGCAGUAUUCACGACGGAGAAGGAGGAGGAACUCGUCGCCGCAGAGAAUGCACGGAGGGGGUUGGUCAGCUUCGAUCAUCGUCGGCAGAUGAGGAACCUCAGCAAAGAGUCAGAGGCAGAACGUUAUACCGCUCUCUUAGCUCGUGAAUUAUCCAGACGUCUUGCUGAGCUGUGCCAAGCCAAAUAUUUCGAGCGUGUUUACCGUCGGUCCCUAAGGAUGACGGGAGUUCUGUAA